CCGAAAAAAGUGAAUACUUACCUGAAAAAAAAAGUCAAAAGUAACAAAUUAUACAAAAAAAAGUAAAGUAAAAAGAGGUGCAUAUUAAUGGAAUUGCAAAGUAAAAAGUGAAGAUAGCUGAAAAUAGAAAAUCUAAUUUAAAAUAGAAAAAUUUCUCAAAGUGACCCCAAAGAAAGUGCUAAAAUAAAGCCAUAAAAUUAUCGUACACAUAUAACUGAAGAAAAGUUCAAAAAAAAAUAUAUCAUACAUAUAUGUACAUACAUAUGUACACAUAACCGAAAUCAAAUUAAAACCAGUAUAGAAAGUUAUACGGAAAAAAUAUAAGCGAACCUAAAAUUUCGAAAAUUAAAUACAACAGAAAACAAGAGUAGCAGCAAAAUACGAGAGGGGAGGCAGCAAAAAGAACACCGGGAGCUGGAUGGACGCAAAACGGGUAACGGCACCAACCGGAUACAGCACAGUUCAGGCGGUACAGUCCCGACACAAAAAAAAACAGGUGGUACCCAAUAAGCAAGUACAGGAUGGAGCCCAACCAAUGCCGGCUGUGCUGUCGAUUCCACUCCCUCCGUUUCUGCCACGCCUUCAAAGCGAUGACACCAGACGAGCGGUACGAAUCCGCAAGAGUUCACCCCUAUUGCAUCAAUUGUCUGGCGACAUCGCACAAAACCGGCGCUUGCGACUCCGCAGACAGCUGUCACCGAUGUGGAAAGGCCCACCAUACCUUGCUACACCGCUCCACGUCACCACCACCGGAACGUCGUCGUCAUGAGCCGCCUCCAGUCGUCAGCCGUAGACGACCAACGCACGGUAGCCGCGUCGCCAAGAAAUCAGCGCCGGAUCACGGUCGCAAAAACGUCCAGCGGCGCAUUAGCGAGCUCUUCAGCAAAGCGGUUCUGACUAUCGAAAAGCUACAAGAGCUGCUGCACCUCUCAACGGUUCAGGCGGGCCGCCAUGUCGAGGACAUGAGCCACAACCUUAUCGAGUUUUAAAACCAUAUGUAAAUUUUUGAGAUAGCGUAGUUGUAUAAAUUGCGGGCGGCUGGCAGCAUUGUAACACCAUUGUGAAUUAAUUUGAAGUAAAUUUGUUGUUAUUGUAAUGAGGUCACGGGGUGGCCCGAGCCCACGAUCAUUUUUUCAUUUGUUUAGUAUGGUUCCAACCACCGCCGCAGCCGCACCGCUUAACGUACUCCUUUGUAUUUUCUUUAAAAGCCACUCGGGCUAAAGGUUAAUUCCUGUUACUACGAAUAUCAUAUAUUCAUCAAUAAAACACGUUUUGCAAAUUGAAUUGUAUCCAAAAAUCCAAUCGGUUUUUUAUUUCUUUGGAUCCUCCUCACUUGGCGCACCCUGCGCCACUAUUACUCCCAG